GGAGGUUCCAAGGCCGCGGAGCUUAAAAGAAAAAAUGCCGGGAAGGGCUUAAAGCCUCCGGAAAAGAAGAAGGCAAGGGGGGGUGCCGGGGAGAAGGCUCCCCCGGUUGUAAUCAUCGAUGACCUUCCCUCGGGUCCUCAUUCAGCCUCCGCCCUCCCGGAGGAAUUUGACGAGGGUGCCUGGCCCUUGGAGAAUGUGCAGUUUCCCAUUAAGAAGGGGACUGCCCUUAUGCACGGCACCCUCGAUCCGAGGGAGUUCCUGAGAGGUGCCACCCCCCCGCUCGAUCGCUCCACUCUUGGCAGGUUCGCGAAUGAGUCCCUCGAGCUCAAGGCUCUCCAGGCUUCAGUCACUGCUAGCGUGGCCUUCGGGGAGCUUGUUAGGAGGGCGGAACAGCACCGCCUUGAGAAGGCAAAGUCCGACGAGGCCAUGAAGAAACUCGUCGCCAACAAUACCGAAGCCAUCAGGCAAUUGGCCGGCUUGGAAGAGGCCCUCCGGCAGGCUGACCAGAGACUGGAGGCCGCGAAGCAGGAGGCCCGGGCCGAGGGAAAAGCUCAAGCGGAGAAGGAUGCUGCUGAGGCCGCCAAAGCCACCGCCGAAGCCGCCGAGUCCGCUAAGAAGGAGGCAGUAGCAGAGGCUGUCAAGGGGGCUGUUGACGCCUUCAAGGCUGGGGAAUGGAGGGCUGAGGGCCACAAGGAGUGGAUGGCGUCGGUGAUCCCGGAAGUCGUCGAAGAGUGGGUAACAGGCCCCGGGGCUAUGUGGCUAGCCCGGAAGGGUAAGUCGUUCUAUGAGGGGGGCCAAUACUUCACCCAAGCAAUGUUGUACCGGAGGCUGGCCCGGCACCACGGCCUUGACCCGAAAGAUUUCAAACCUGAGUCCCACGGCCUUCCCCCGCUGGUUCCAGACAUCCGGGUUCCCCUCCCCGAGGGCGAGGAGAGACAGCUGCUGGAGGAUUCAGAGCUCGACGGGCUGGCCUCGGAUGAUGAGGAAGAUGUUGGUGAUGAUGCCGCCUCGAAGGCUAAGGAGGAUGUAGCAUAAAUUUUGUAAUAGUUUAUAGGGCCCGGCUUCGGCCAUACUUUUGUAACGAAAUUCACUUGAACAACUUUUCCUGUCGAAAUGAAUGGUUGCCUUCGGGCUUUUUAUAUGAAUGAAGGCCUCAUUUUUCUUCAAGUUUCGUUUGCCUUCGUUCUUUUCCUUUAUGAAUGUAUGCCUUUCUUUACUAUGUAUUCUUUCCUUCUCUCGCAUGGUUUUCCGAAGGCCGCAAGUUUGUGGACUUAGAAAAAUUUCUAAGUGCAACCCAUCGCAAGCCCUCGGCUGUAGUGUAGUAUCACGAGCCCUCAGUUGUAUGUUUGGGGUUGCCGGGGACUCGUCGCUGUGGACUUGAAAACUUUCUAAGUAAACUUGGCAAUGAGCCAUCGGUCAUAGGGCAAUCACCGGAGGCUCGUUGUCGUGGACUUAGAACAUGUCAUAAGUACGACCUGAUCAGAACCCUUCGGGUGUAGAGUAGACUCACCGGGGGUUUUAUGAUUGUGGACUUAGAAAAUUUUCAAAGUGAGAACUUUUGCCAUGAUCCUCCGGUCAUAGUGUGGAACAUGAGCCUUCGGAUGUUUGUAGUAGUGAGACCGAGGGCUA